AUGAAGCAAGUUCAACUGGAGAAAGGAACUAAAGAGUCAGAAGGUGAUUUCACAGAAGAGAACGUUGGUCUAGUCAGUAAGACGAAGAAGAAAGGAAGGAAUUUGGAACGAACUCCUUUGCUACACCGACCGAUGUCAAUAGCCGAUUCGGCAACUGUGGAUUUUGUACGUCGACUGGAACGUGAAAGUGAAGAGCAUCGCUUUUCCAGUGAUGACGAUGAGACAAAUGCUGGUGGUGAGCAGUAUGGCAGUACAGCGGGUGCUGACUUUAAAGCGGUAUUGGAUGAAGCAAUUCGAGCCAUACACAACGGUAUUUUUCCAGAACGAAUCAUGCAAGGGUCUAGCGGUUCUUACUUCGUUAAGAACAUGCAAGGGAAAAUUAUUGGCGUAUUCAAACCUAAGAACGAAGAGCCUUAUGGACAUUUGAAUCCAAAGUGGUUAAAAUGGUUUCAUAAAAUAUUUCUGCCCUGUUGUUUCGGUAGAAGUUGCCUUGUUCCAAACCAGAUUUUCAUUUUGCGUGAAACGAUGCCUCAUUCGAACUGCGUUUUUAAGAGCAGAUUUUGA